AAAACAAUCUGAGACCAACAGCUUAACACAACCACAUGAUUGUAAGUUAGCGGAAAUUGAUACCAGACGGAAACACGUGCUUGUGUUGAAAUUGACAUCUACCGGGAAAGACACGAAUUAAAAUUUAGAAUUAGAUCGCGAAAUAAAACAAUGUCUGAUUCCGAAUCAGAGGAUGUUGUAGCUGAGAAUACACCACUUUUCCUCCAUUUGAAAGAAACAGGCUUCUUAGAAUAUGACAAUCCCAUGAAAAAUAUAUUUAAUCAAGAAUUAAAAUGUGAAAAGCAUUCCUCUAAUUUAAGUUUGUUUUCAUCAUUUUUCCAGAAGAUAAUUAAUAUGGUGAAAAAUUCUAGUAAAAAUUGUUGGAAUUUAUUUUAUAAGAAUUUUCUACAGGAUUUUUAUGAACUGGGUUGUUGUGCCAGAAAAGAAAUAAUCACAUUCAUUAGCAAUACAAAAUUAUUAAUUGAAGAUGAUCAAGCAUUUUUAAAUAGCUUUGCAUCUGAUAUUUUAACAAAGUAUGAGAAUUAUAAUUUAACAAUAUUAAAAUGGAAAUUUAAACCAGUGACUGUUUUAUCCUACAUCUUAGCUGGAAGUUUUGUUUGGCUUUCUUGGUGUAUAUCUGACUCAAAAAGAUCUACUGUAUAUACUAUUUUAGAUAGUCUGUUCAUUUUUAUAAUUGUUGCUGUGACUAUCGGUUAUAUCUCACAUUAUUUCAUAUAUUAUCACUUUAAAAACAAUAUUGAAGAAAAUCUUAAACAGUUAAAAGAAUUAUCUAAUACAAGCAUUAACAUUAAUAGUUUAAUAAAGAAGUUAAUAAAUAUUGUUCAAGAAGCAGAAAUUAUUGCAAGAGGUUUUACAUUUGCUUCUUUAAAAGUUCCAGCUCAAAGAUUGGAAUUCUCAUCAAGAUCUUCUGGAAUGUCAGUUAAAAGACAGUAUCCUGAACUUAGAGAAAAUAUCUUUUGUUGGAUAAGAAAUAUAUAUUACAGAUAUCGUCAAGCCACACUUGAUUUAUAUCAUCUUCUACCUCUUCAGCCAUUAUUACCAGUACAUUCACAUUAUUUAGCUACUACAAGUUUAGAUGAAUUUGGUCCUUUGUUAAAACUUGAUUUAAAUAAAGAGAAUGAAAAAGAACAAUUGUUUGAAGUUUCAGACAUGUUUUCUAUUUCUUCUUUAAAGUCUAUCUUUCAGUUGAUGGAAGUUCAACAAUCAGAAUUUUAUCGUUUAUUUUCAUUGGGAUUUAUUCCAGAUGCUCUAGUAGAAAUGAAACAGGAUCCAUUAUUUGCACUAAAGACAUUCUCACAGUUAAUACCAUUUAUUAAACAGUUACUAGAUGAUGAUGAUAAAACUCUUUCCUUACUAAAUUCAGCAUUUAAUUAUUAUAAAAGCUUAGAGAUAUCAAAUCUCUUAUCUGAUGAAAGAAAUUUACCAAAUAAAUUAAAGAAUUCUCCAUAUUCUACAAUGUGA